AUGACCUCCUUGAAUUGGUUCAUCAUGCUCCUGCGUAAUGAUCAGCGCCUGAAGAGGGAUCCGCCCCAUAAGGUCCGCUAUGACUCGGUAAUCCAGGAAUACAUCGAUUUAGGCCACAUCACCGAGGUCUCUCCCAUGAGCAGUUCCGCUACCUACUAUCUUCCACAUCAUCCCGUCUUCAAACCCGAAAGCACGACCACCAAGGACAUUUGGCUUCUGGAUCUAGGGGACGACGACGCCCUCCCUCAAGAUUUCUGUCAGCGAUGGGUUGACUUCCUGAAGAACUAUACGGUGCUCGAUCAGAUUCGUGUUACUCUAUGGGUCGCGUUCCGUCCACACCUAAAGGGCGAGCACUUCGGGUGCUGCGACGUUUCACAGAAGGCGUACGGCGCAUUUAUUUAUGUACGUGUCGAGGUUGGGUUGCUGACUGCAAAGACUCGAGUGGCCCCAGUUAAAACGGUGUCGCUCCCUCGGCUAGAGCUGUGCGGUGCCUUGUUGUUGUCGGAGAUGGCCACCGCCGUUCUGCCAGAGUGGCCAGGGGCCGCGUCUGCCCCAUACUGUUGGACGGACUCCACUAUUGUCCUCGCGUGGCCGCCGAAGCCAGCGUGUCAGUAG